UAAAGAAGGCGGACACCACUCUCUCACUCUCUCUGGAAAGGACAAAUCAAUGACCGCCAGAAUGGCAGCGAAGUUCUACGACCUCACGGCCAAAUUGUUGACAGGGGAAACCUUUAACUUCUCCUCUCUGCGGGGAAAAGUGGUCCUCAUUGAGAAUGUGGCGUCUCUCUGAGGAACGACAACCAGGGAUUACACCCAGAUGAACGAGCUCCACGGGCGCUACGCCGACAAGGGGCUCGUUAUCCUGGGAGUUCCCUGCAACCAGUUCGGCCACCAGGAGAACUGCCAGAACCAGGAAAUCCUGCUGUCCCUGAAGUACGUCCGUCCUGGCAGCGGCUUCGAGCCCAAGUUCCAGCUCCUGGAGAAGGUGGACGUGAACGGGAAGGACGCUCAUCCCCUGUUUGUGUUCCUGAGAGAGCAGCUGCCGUUCCCCAGCGACGAGCGCUUCGCCCUCAUGAACGACCCAAAGUGCAUCAUCUGGAGCCCCGUGUGCCGGAACGACGUGGCCUGGAACUUCGAGAAGUUCCUGAUCGGGCCUGACGGGGCGCCGUUCAAGCGCUACAGCAGGAGGUUCCUCACCAGCGACAUCGAGGCAGACAUCAAGAAGCUCCUCAGCCAGGCGCACUGAACGAGCCGUCCUCUCAAGUGUUCUUUUGUUGUCCUACAGAUUGUUAUUGUCACCAGCCUCUCUGCACUUAGUGAGCACACUUAAAUACACUUAAAUGCUUGUCCUUUUUUCCCCUCAGCAGCUUCUGUAGAUGGUUGGACACGUUUCCUAACCACCUGUUGUGCUCUCAUGUGCACGAUGACUGUGUUCUGUCCUUUUACUAAAUGAAGGCAUCCUCUGAAACCAGCUUAGAUGUGAGGAGGUUAUCUGAUGACACGUAAAAGGCUGAACCUCUCAGCUACAUCGAGUACAUGUAAAGCACUGCUGUGGUUUUUGAAAUAUUAAAAGGAUUAAAAAAUGG